AUGGACACUGAGAGCAAUAAGCAAUCAUUACAAACGUCUAAAAAAUUACUUGAUGAAUAUUCACAUUGCAUCGGUGAUUCGAUGAAGGAUAGUGGUAUUGGUACAACCUAUUUUAAAACAUCAUCCGGUUCCUCAUCAAAUAAUACAAGCCCAGAAUCAGAUAAAGAGUUAUUAUUGUUACAGAAUAAUAAAACACCAAAACCCUUAUCUAAGUCCAAACUUGAUGCCACAUCGACACCAGCAACACAAAUAAAACGUUACAAACUAAAUAGAGAAGUUCAAGAAAAAAUUACAAUACCAAUUGACAGUAGUAUCAAUAGUAUUGAUUUUACAAUAUGUGACAACGCGUCAAUAAAUUCCGGGAAACAAUCACCAUCUACAACAUCAACAUUUUAUGAUCAACAAGUGAAUUCUACAAUCAGUCAUUUACUCAGUAAUCCAACAGCUGGUAAACAAAGUUCAAAGGAUCAUGAAAAAUUCAAGAAAAAAUUGACGAAACCAGUUAAACAUUCUUUUUUGAAUAAGUCGGUCAAGUUAAAUUUAUGUGUUGCUGAUUUGAUUGAUACUUCACAAACAGUAAAAUCCACAUUGAUAAAAGUUGGGAAUAAUGAAGUUGCUAGUGGUAGAAGAAGGCAACGACGUAUGCACACUUGUGAACAUUGUGAUAAGCAGUUUGAUCGUCCAUCCUUAUUAAAACGUCAUACACUAACACAUACAGGUGAACGUCCAUUUGAGUGCAAAUAUUGUUCCAAAGGCUUUUCAACACGUAGUGGUGUGAAUACUCAUGAACGUACACAUACUGGACAAAGACCAUAUGUUUGUCGCAUAUGCGGUAGACGUUUUGCAGCUGGGUCUAACCUCAUAUUUCAUAAAUAUACCCAUACAAAUACACGUAGACAUGUCUGCAGUCAAUGUCCAAAAGCGUUUGUAACUCCUGGUGACUUAAGAAAACAUGAAUAUACACAUACAGGAAAAUGGCCUUACCGAUGCCAUUUAUGCGAUCGAGGUUUUGCUACAGAGCGUAACUUAAAAUCACAUGAAACUACUCAUUCAGGACGUAAACCACAUAUAUGCACUAUAUGUGGUAAGGGUUAUGCACAAGAAAGUUCAAUGAAAACACAUAUGCGUACACAUCAAAAAAAUGAUACUACAACAAAGAGUAAAAUUUCUGCAGUGUAUCCAUCGCGUACUUCAAAUGACUCAUCCAUAAAUUCAUCAAAUACUUCAGGCGCCCUUUUACAUCGUAAAAGUAUGGUAUCGCGGACUAGGAAAUUAAAGUCCAUAAGCAAUUGUUCAGGAUUGAAUAAUUCAUCACAACAGUUUAAUACAUCACACGGUAUAUUUUCACCUGAGCUGACUGAUUCAUUGAAUAUAUCAACGCCUGUAACGUAUACGUACCAAGAGCAACAACAUUCAUCAGCAUUUUCUGUACCAAAACAACGUAUAAAUCAGAUUCCUGAAUUACCAAAUCCAGUUUUCGCUAAUUUGAAUGAGUCGUUUGCUGUUAAUAACCCUUCGAUAUCUUCCAUAUCAACAGGAUUUCUGUCAUCUACAGUCCCUUCAGCAUUCAGUUUACCAGAAUUUCAGUUAUCUCAGUUAUAUGAAAAAUAUCAAUCUCUAUACAACUACUACAUGCGAGCAAUAAACAGCACGAAUUCUAUGCAGUCGAACAGCCAAAAUAUACAAAAUCCUGUCGCAUACAAUAUUCCUAUCGAUUUUAAUACACAAAACACUCCUGUCAUACCAAUGACAUGUACAUUUUCUGCUGAUACAAAUUUACUAAAACCAUACAAUCAAAUGAUUCCCAUGAAUGAAAAUCAGUCAUCAGCAUUACCUCAACAACCGUCAGGUAUUUUAUCUCAAGUACAGCAAAACUCAACUAUCAACAACAUUUCUUGUAAUUGGACAGUAGAUUCAAAUUCUCAAUUAUCUAACUAUAAUAUAGGUUUGCAAAAUAAUGUACUUUACAAUUAUCAUUAUAAUAGUAACUUAUUACCUCGAAUAACUCCUAAUUAUGUAAAUAAUAAUUAUUCAAAUAAUACAACACCUAACAGUAGUAUUAAUAAUCAUAACAGUAAUAACAGUCAUUAUUGCACAUUUAUGGCAAAUGAUUUCGAUACAAUGGCUUUAGACUAUUCUACCAAGACUUUAUCAAAAUUGAAUUAG